GAGAGACUGGCUGCAAUGCGUUCAGAUUCUCUAGUCCCUGGGACACACACGCCUCCAAUCAGAAGAAGAAGCAAAUUUGCCACUCUUGGAAGACUUUUUAAGCCAUGGAAAUGGAGGAAGAAGAAGAGUGAGAAAUUUAAGCACACUUCAGCAGCUUUGGAAAGAAAAAUAUCAAUGAGGCAAAGCAGAGAGGAGCUUAUAAAACGAGGAGUGCUGAAAGAAAUUUUUGAUAAAGAUGAACUUUCCAUACCAAAUGAAGAAGGAGCUUUGGAGAAUGGGCAGCCUCUGGGUCCUGGGCAAGUGCUGAGCUCCGGCCAAGUAUCACUGCCAGCCCUAGCAGAACUGGAAUCAGGACCAGCACCUGGGGAACCCUGCUCAUAUGAGGUGCUCCCAACCACAGAGAUCAUGGAUGGGACAGUGUCUGAAGAGAGCCCCACAUCCAAUGAAUCCAGCGUCCUCCUGUCCCAAGAUCCUACAGCUAAGUCAGUCCUGCUACUUCCCCCCAAAAAAUCUGCCGCUUUCCCUGGAGACCAUGAGGACACCCCAGUGAAACAGUUGUCCCUCCUCAAACAGCCCCCUGCCCUGCCUCCUAAACCUAUUGCCAGGAUUGCCAGCCACUUAACUGAUCCUGGUGCUCCUGUGAAACUGCCUUGUUUGCCAGUUAAGCUGUCGCCUCCACUACCUCCAAAGAAAGUCAUGAUUUGCAUGCCUUUAGGGGGGCCAGACCUCUCUCUCUCAUCCUAUUCCACACAGAAGAGCUCCCAGCAGCCUUUGACUCAGCACCAUCACACUGUCCUGCCAUCCCAGUUAGCAGCUCACCAGCACCAGCUCCAGUAUGGCAGCCACAGCCAGCACCUGCCUUCUGGGUCCAGCACGUUGCCCAUUCACCCUUCGGGCUGCCGGAUGAUAGAGGAACUCAACAAGACACUAGCCAUGACCAUGCAGAGGCUAGAAAGCUCUGGUUUACACACAGGUGACAGUGUUACAAAAACAGGACCAGGGGGCCUUCCAGACAUGAGACAAGUGCCAACUGUUGUGAUCGAAUGCGAUGACAAUAAAGAAAAUGUGCCUCAUGAAGCUGACUAUGAAGAUUCUUCCUGCCUCUACACAAGACAGGAAGAGGAAGAAGAGGAAGAUGAAGAAGAGGAUAACUCAUUAUUUACAAGUUCCCUGGCAAGGAAAAUCUGCAGGAAGGACUCUUUAGCAAUCAAACUAAGCAACAGGCCUUCCAAGCGAGAGCUGGAGGAAAAGAACAUCCUCCCCAUGCAGACUGAUGAAGAGAGGCUUGAACUCAGGCAGCAGAUCGGGACUAAGCUAACAAGACGACUGAGCCAGAGGCCAACAGCUGAAGAAUUGGAGCAGAGGAACAUACUGAAACCCCGGAAUGAGCAAGAGGAGCAGGAGGAAAAACGAGAGAUAAAGAGAAGAUUAACACGUAAGCUGAGCCAAAGGCCCACAGUAGAAGAGCUUCGUGAGAGGAAGAUCCUCAUCCGUUUCAGUGACUAUGUAGAAGUGGCAGAUGCACAGGACUAUGACAGGAGGGCAGACAAACCAUGGACACGACUCACAGCCGCUGACAAAGCAGCCAUUCGAAAAGAGCUUAACGAAUUUAAAAGCUCUGAAAUGGAAGUUCAUGAAUUAAGUAGGCAUCUAACAAGGUUUCAUAGACCGUAGCAGUUCAAUUCUGACUACUAUUCCAUCUUCAAAACAUAACUAAAAGGAACCAUAAGUGCUGGUAUUAUUCACUUCCCUGUUACGUACAAUGUAAAUCUUCUGAACUUCCUUUUUCUAAAAAAAAAAACAACAAAACAAAACAAAACAAAA